UAUUCGAUUUUAGUUAUGUCGUUUGUAGAGUUUUAAGUAUUCGGUUUGGGUUUCUCGACAUUUACACGUUUCAUCAGAUUUGACGCUCAAAAUUUCAGUUGGACAAUUGAGCUUUUAAAAUGCCCCUUCUUGAAAUGGCCAUUGUAUUCGACAACAUUUACCAUGGAUUACGACGUUGCUUUGGUCCUAAUGUAGAUAAAAUGUCUUCACAUCAAUCAGUUACAUUUCCAAGGAAGAAGACACGGAGCCGGCGUCGCAGACUACAGAAGCACUAUCGAGGAUUACGACACUUGCGGGGAAAACGUUUCCCUGGCAGCGAGGAAAGUGACCUGACUGAGAGUAUCUCGUCGGAGACCCCAGAGCUUUUUGCACUAGCCACUUUUGCAUCGUCCCCAAUAACCUUGAAUCCUGUACCUUUGAUACCUUCACACGAGUUGCAGCAACGCCAGCUAUUGCAACAACGUUCAUUGAUUACAAAUGCCCGGCAGGUUAUAAUAUUUCAACUGACCAGCUGGUGGCACAAAGCCUGGCCCACUUUAGUUUCCGCAAGUAUCCAGCUAAGUUUCGGAACAUCUAUCAUUAGCCACUCGUUGCUCGGAGAAUUUGAUGAGGAAGAGUCUCCAGCACUGACGAUAGUGACGGGGCUUAAACUGGCAUUCACGAGGGUUUGCACUCAAGCGGAAAAGGCCAUUUCCCAUACAGGCCCAGGCCCCACAUACACCACCAUAUCACCUGCCAUGGAGCUGAUCGACUUCAAUGAUGUUGUGCAACGGCUGAACAAUGUCCUGGUGGACUAUCUUAUAGCCAACUUCAACAGCGAGGUGUCCCAGGUUGAGUAACAGGAAUCAAGUAAACCAUGGUUAUAAAAUAAAUUUACCAAAUACUGUACUAAUUAGGCAUACCUUUUCAAGUUUACACUGAAAUUAAUUUAGAAUUUACGCAAAUAUCAUGUAUCACAGCAGUUAAAGUUUCAUCCAACUCCAAACCAAA